AUGGUUUCUAGAAGGAAUGAUGAUGUGCUUGCGGCGACAUUGACCCUGUUGGCUGGUGUCAUUCCACAAAUGAAUGCUGGUGAUCGGGAGCGUGAUGUUGAUGAGUUCCGUGCUUUAGGGAAGUUCCAGAGGAACAAUCUUCCAACUUUUGAAGGAGCUCAUGAACCUGAGAAAGCUCAAGAGUGGUUGAAGGCGAUUGAGAAAAUCUUCCGAGUUAUGAAUUGUUCAGAUGCGCAGAAGGUGCAGUUUUUCACUCAUAUGCUUGAGAAAGAAGCUAAGGAUUGGUGGCGCAACACUGUUGAGAGAUUUGAUGAGGAUGACAUUGAAAUGACUUGGGCACUUUUCCCUGAGUAUGCUGCAAAGUUUGAGGAGUUGAUCAAAUUUUGUCCCCAUUACAAUACUGCUAAUGCUGAGAGAUCCAAGUGUCUUAAGUGUGUGAAUGGCUUGAGACCUAAUAUCAAGAAGGCAAUGGGUUACCAACAGAUUAUGAGAUUUUCUAAGUUGGUUAACAAGAGUAGGAUCUAUGAUGAGGAUAACCGUGAGAGUGUUGCUCAUUACAAGUCCUUGCAUGAUAAGAAAGGAAAAGGGCAAUUCCGAGGGAAGCCAUAUGAUGGUAAGAAGAAAGCUGGUGAUGGCAAAAAGUCGAGUGGGGGAGGAUCUCACACUCUUGUCAAGUGCUUCAGAUGUAGUGUUGAGGGACAUCGUGCUCCCGAGUGUCCUAAGGGCGAUGUGACUUGUUUCAAGUGUGGCAAGCAAGGUCACAAAUAUAUUGAUUGUAGAGUUGGUUCGAAUGUGACUUGCUACAACUAUGGUGACAAAGGGCACAUUAGUACCAAGGCAACAAGCUGA